CUAUGUCUACGCAACAGAACGACGCGACAGGACGUGACCGACAACACGGCAACGGAGUUAGUAUCAGGGACGCGAACGGGCAACAUGAUAUGUAACGGGGUGAAGAAAAGAGAGGAAGAGGUAGUGAGGACGGCAAGUGAGAAGAAACGGAAGAUGUACGGCGGAAGUCGGAAUCAGCAAGGGGGAAUGGGCGGAAACGGAAAUGCGGGGGGAUAUGAUGGGGGUUACGGGGGAAAUCAAGGCGGGAACACCGGGGGGAACAACGGCGGAUACGGCGGAGGGAAUAACGGAAGGAAGGAGUACUACGGGGGAAACAACGGAGGGAAUACGUACGGGAGACAACAGAUCUGCUACACAUGUGGCAAACCCGGGCACUACUCGCGGGACUGCUGGAUGAAGAAGGGGAGAAACGAAGACAAUGAGUUUGAGGAGAUGAAACAACACUACAGGAUGAUUAUGCAAGAGAGACGAGAAGCUGAGGAAAAGAAAAGAGAGGAGGAGCAGAGGAGGAUACAAGAGGAGAACGAAAGAAGAAGGGAACAUGAUAUAAUUCGACGGACAGACGAAAUGAGGUUGCAGCUGGAAGCGGGUUUAGAAGAGAAAUGGCGCAAGCAAACGAAGCAAGCAGAAGAAGCGGCAGCAGCGGCAAAAGCGAAGGCGGAGGAGGUGAAAGCGAAAGCGGAGGAGGCACAUGCGAAAGCGGAAGAGGCGCGAGCGAAGUUCGAAAGGACCCGGAUGUCGACUCUCAAGGCCAAUACAUGCGCCAGCGGAUCCAAGAAACGAACGCACAACGUGUCAUCGACAGAAUCAGAAAGCGACACAACGAAGCGGACACGGAAAACAAAGAAGACGAGGAAGGGAAAGCAGGCGAAAACGAAGUCACCGGAGAAGAAGACAUCCACUACGGAACGUGGUGAGUGUUCACGGGCGAGGAAGAAGAAGAGGAACUAUCAAGAAAAUGAGGACAAUGUGAUGAGGAACGCGAAUGAUAUGGGUGGGGAUUGUGACGAGACAGGGGUUAGAUUCAAUGAAUGUUGUGGCUCACCACACGUGAGGGGUUUAAAUUUCGGGAUGUCGUUCGAGAACGAACAUCAACGGGAAAACGAGCCAAGAACACCAAUGGAGAACGGAUACAAAGGCUUGGCAGCGAAGUGCUCGCGAGAGGGGAUUAUAGACUAUUGUCUAUCUACACAGAAGAUACUAGCGUCAAAGAAGGCGCAGAUGCUACGGAAGCUGUGCCAGAAGAAGGGCAUAAAGUAUACUAAAAAAACGGAAAUGGUAGAUGCCCUCGCCAGGGAGCAAGUCAAGCUGGCGUACGAGGGAUUCGAAGACGAUGAGGGACAGGGAGAGGAGAGCGAAGUACCGGAGGCGAAUCUGGGGGAGGACCUACACAGACAGGAAAGGAGAGAGAAACGUGUAGCGGUGCUGAGAUGGCUAGAGGAGGAGUGGAGGAAGAGUGCGAAAGGUGAGAGAAGAGUAGAGUUUCACGAGGGUGAGAUAUGGAGUGAUGGUUGGAAGAAGGUGAAGAGGCUCUUCGGCAUGACAAAGGUGAGCUUGAACGGACGAGUGACGAAACUGGCAAAGGUGAAGGGAGAGCUACAGAAAGGAGUGAUGGCGAUCCUGAUUGGAAUCGUGAAGACCAAGACGACGACGGCGACAUACUUACAGGAGCUGCGAGAGAUGCUGAGGAAGCCGUUCGAGUUUAAACGGCUGACGACACGGAGUACGAACCAACUGGUUGGAAUGUAUCGAGCGGCGGGGCUAUUCGGGGAUAAGAAGACAAAGAAUGACGUGAGACUGAAAAUAGACAAGGUGAUAAGAAGGAAGAAUGGGGUGGGAGUGCGGAAGAGGGUGGUGGUGAAGGUGGGCUAUGACAGGAGGGUUGCGAAAAUCAAGAUCAGAGCGCAACAGAGGAGGGGAACAGGGCUACCGACGAAAGAAGGGCAUGUGCUGACGCGCUUUUCAGAGUGGGAUGGAAUACCGAGCUUCAUGAGGAAUGCUAAGAAUGUGACUAGCCAGUCACGAGUAAAGAAGACGGAGCAAUUCACGCAAGUUAUAGCACAAGGGACCAGCUACUUGGGUGGGAAAGCAGAGGAUGUGACCGUACCAGAGGGUGGGUUCGUGAAGGAGGCGGUGGCAGACGGAAAACAAGAAACGUGGGAGGACUGGAAAGUGGCAGAAUGGGCAAAGAGGUUUAAGGGCCUAAUAAUUGCCCCGAUCGAUCGGAAUCAGGGUGAUACGGUGGUGAUAUGUCCGGUGAUGUACAGGCACGCAUUUGGAAAGACCUUCGUUUGGAACUCAGAUUACGUACGGAUAAGAGAGGAAGAGCAGGAGAUUCUCCAAACAGCGCGUAAGGACUUUGAGCAAGCUGGACUACACAAGAUUGUCAAGUGGAAGACUGACGGCAGGAUUGGACAAGCGUACAUGAUCCCAAAAGAUAAGGACCUAUUAAGAUGGAGACGGAUCGCACCGGCAAACGACGAUCCAGCCAGCCUGGCGCAGAAGAGAGCAUCUAAGGCACUGCAUUAUCUCAUCAAGUUGUUCCCGAAGGAACAUUCUUUCUACCUGAAUGCGAUACAAGAGCUACCGGGGAGAAUAGAGGCAGCACAGAGGAGGUUCACCGAGAUGGGCUGCACAAGCGUGGAGGGGCGAUGUUACGACAUCAAGGAUAUGUUCACAAAGAUACCGCACGACGCGGUGCGGCGGGCAGUCUGGCAAAUGCUACUAUGGUACGCGAAUAAAGGCUGGAAGCAGGUGAAAGUGGCAAGGAGGGGGAAGAUGUGCACAAUCAGCAAGACCCGGAGAGCGGCAGAUGGAUACGUCGCGCUGCAGUUUGAACAGAUGUUUAGCAUGGUCAAUUUCGAUUUGGACCAUGCGUACAUCAAAUGUGGGGAUAUAGUGACAAGGCAGGUGGGUAUCCCGAUGGGGAAAUCCAGCAGCCCGACACUGGCUACUAUCACAUGUGCGAUGGCAGAAUUCAACUGCCUGAAGGAACUAGGCGCUGACCGGAAGCUCGUCGCAGGAUGGAGGGUAGUGGAUGACAUAAUAGUCGUCGUGGGGAACAGGGGAGGAGGAGAGGAGGAUGGGCGAGAGGGUACAGAGGGCAUAUUCAGCGACCUGGAGAUGUGCUACGACAGAAACCUGAGCCUGGUCAGGAAGGAAGAUGGAAGAGAUUGGUGGCACUUCCUCGGUGGGAUGUUUUAUCUGACACAGCAGCCACUUAGGCUGCUCUACGUACCGGAUACAAAGAAUCUGACGGCACUUCGUGAAGAGGGAAGGCUCAGAUUCCACACGAUGCAGGACUUUGCAUCAUACUCGGAAGAAAGGCAAAAGAAAUCAACUUUGGCUGCGAUGCUGGAAAGGCUGUGGUCGUCCACGUCGUGCCGGGUCCUGGUAAUCAGCUCCAUAGCAUAUGCAGUGUGAGAAGCCAACCUCCGGAUAUAUGCCCCGGAGGUCUCUCUUGGUGCCUUGGCCAAAUUG